AUACCUACGUCACAGAACCUAAGUCUAUACAGUUUCCAAAUAUUGGAGAAAAGCAGUUGCUAUUUUGAAGUCCUUGAUGCACAAUAAACUUAGAAGUACCUAUAUUUUUUUUUUAAUAAAAGCAAAUUUAAAAAAAAUUGUGAUUGCAGUAGAACAUUUAAAAAAUACAACUUUAAUUGAGUUGAUUGAUGUUGUGCCGACAUAGCUUUAUUUUUAUUAGGAUAUGCGAAAAUAUUAUGAUGAAUUGCAAAAAUGAAAUUCCAUCAAAUCCACCAAAACAUAUUACGUAGGUAGUUGCACUACAAUAUUUACCUUGCAAUUUUGUAGUUAGGACUAUCAAUUAACCCAAUAAUAACUACGAAGUCAUCAAUUGAUACUGUUCAGUUGGAGACCUAACCUGGCACCAAAGUUUGAAUGCUAUAUAUAGGGUGACAAUAGCAAUCAUCUCUAGCUGAUCCUUGCACAAUGAACUAUUGUAAGAAUGCACAGUUGUAGCAAUUUUGUCAGGAUUAUAACAAUCACAACUUUCGUGUUAGCUCCUCUAUCUAUCUACGAAAGAAAUCCCUUAAAUAUUUACACAUCAUAUACCAGUCAUGUAAAAAACCAUGUGUGUUAAAGCAAAGCGAAGCAAAUUAAAAUAUGCAAAAGUGCCUAAUUUUCUUAAAACGUCAAGCAUUUGUAACAAAGAAGCUGGAGAGCUAGUUAGAUUCGGUGUUUAACCGUCAAUGGGGCGGCGCGGUACAAGUCCGCCGGCCCCAGGGACCUCUAAGUGAAUUAAGUGUUUGCCGACUCACAGACACUCGCCGGUUAUUAUGCCGAGAGGAAUAUUCUAUACGCCUCCGUGGAGCGAGAUUCGCAAAAACGUCAAGUGCUUUGUCGAGAUGUCGCAUCUGAAUUUUUAAAAAAUUCGCGAAUGUCACGAAUUAAAAUAUUGGAGUGCUUUUUGUGUGUAUUGAAUGGACCUAUAUUAUAAUACUUUUGUCAUAAUGCAACCUCUUUUCAUCGUUGCCCGUACUAUUAUACAUUAAUUUUUAAUGGGUUAAACGGAAUCGCAGUGUAAACUUUUCGGGGAAGUUCCGCUGGGUAUAUAAGGCGGGGGAUGAAGAUCGCGCGAUUAGUCUGCGGUCGGCGGCGGUCCGGGGAUGCUGUCUCUGUACCGCGCGUGGCUCGGGCCGAGUCCCUGCGUGGCUCGUCCCGCUCCGCCUCCGGGCGCUCACAGACCCGUCCCGAGACGAGCUAAGGCUCCCUCGCCGCCUUCCUCGCCACCGCCGCCCUCGCCGUCGUCGACGACUUCGAGCGAGCUCGACGUAGAACGAAUCGAGGAAUCUCCACCGACGCGUCAGAGCAACACAGUUUUGGACAUCGCGUCCUGCGACGGCCCCGUCCGCUUCAGCCGAGUCCUGAACGUCGCGUGGCAGGAGCCGCACCAGGAGCGGGAAUGGCCGUGCCGCCACAGAAAGACCCCGGCCCGUUCCACCCUCCACUACUACCCGUGUAAGACUUGCGGGUCCAAGUUCCCCUCGUACUACUUCGUUCAUAAACACAGGAAGAGUUGCCAUGCUGAGGAAACCACCACCAUCCAAGGCUCGCCUGAACCAUCGACGUCCAGUGCGUGAACGUGUUGUGAAAAUAAUCCUGUUUAUGGGGUAAACGAUUCUAAUUUGUGGGGUAAAUAGCCAAUAUAUGUAUAAAGUGGAACUUUAAAAUAUGGGGUAAAUGAAAAUAACUAGCGGUGUAUCAAUAACCAUAUCAGUAUUAUCAUAACAAGUGAUUGGGCGAGCUUAGUGCGCCGUUAUAGGUUAAAUUAAUUUAGUUACAUUGUUGAAAUAAAAGUUUUAUCAACUAUA